AUGUCUCCGAUCUGGGUGUUCGGGUACGGCUCGCUGAUGUGGAACCCAGGCUUCGCCUACGACGCCCGCCUCGUCGGCUUCGUCACGGACUACCGCCGCGUCUUCUACCAGGGUAACCUUCACACCCCCGCCUGCAAUCCGUCCGUCUUCACGGCCGCGCCCUCAAAUUACUCUUCCUUCGUUUGGCGGCCGUGGGGAGUUGCUUACAGAAUAAAGGAGGAAGAUAAGGAGAUAGCUAUGGAGUAUCUUGAAGUCAGGGAGAAGCAAUAUGAUGAGAAGGUUUACCUUGACUUGUAUACUGAUUCAUCGCCCAAAGUACCAGCUGUCGAAAAUGUGAUGGUAUACUUCGCCACCGCGAAUAAGGAGAGCAAUCAAAACUAUCUUGGUCCUGCACCUCUGGAUGAAAUGGCCAGGCAAAUUUACCUUGCUCAAGGCCCAUCUGGACCUAACAGAGAGUAUGUGUUCAAACUUGAGGAUGCCUUAAACAAAUUAGGAGCUGUAGACCAACAUGUCCAAGAACUGGCGAAUGCUGUGCGUGAGCAUUCUGACACCGAGUUAUCUAAGUGA